AUGACGUUGCCAUUGGUGGAUGCCAUAGCGGCCCUCAACACCCUCUCUCUCCCACACAUCCCUUGCCUAGCACCACCACACGACCCGACCAAUGUGACACCUGGCAUCGAUUCCAACGUUCCUACAGCCUUCACCCAAUCGAACGACCUCAUAACCAACCUACUCGUCGGGCCGCUCCAAGCUUAUCUUUCCGACAGUUGUUCUCCAGAAAUCUUUGGGGAGCGCGGGCGCGUUGGGAGUCACAUCGAGCAUGCUCGCGAGGCGAUACAGUUUACACCGGUGGAGAGCGAGCUGCGGCUCACAGGUGUACUUGGCUUUGUCAUUGGCGCUGUCAACGCCAUCAUCUGGGAGGAUGUGCCCCGCAAUGCGAACAUUCGAGCUCGCAAUAUGGGAUUCGUAGGCGUCGGCAAUGCCGGCAAGCCCGACUUUGACCUGCGCAACCGUCUCCAGAGGCUUGUUGGAAUCGAAAUUAAGCCUCAGAAUGUCGUCUCUCUUGAGGUUAUGCUCAACAUUUCCGCGAUGUCUGCCGGGCACGUAUUCUACAACCGCAUUCGUCGCGUCGUCGAAAUUCGCUCGGAAAGUCCCUUUCAACAACUUACCGAUAAUGGCAACGUGAUGAAGGCGUUGACAGUCCUCCGCCAAUUCCCUCCGCAGCCCUACCAGCCUCCUCUACGCUUUGUUGUUCUCACGAACCAUGAGGCUACACUCCUCUUCGCCCGCACCCCCACUUCCAUUGUCUCCUCGGCGAUGUUAUAUCGGGACGGCCGCAAUACUGCCACCGACCCCUGCCAGAAUCUCAUCACGCUGCUCCUCGCCCUGGCUGUCCUUCCAGAUGCAGACUACGCCAUUGUUCCCGUCCGACCAAGCCCACGGCAGACACGGGCAAACGAUCUUGCAAGGCACCUACCUGCUUCGCCUCCUGUUCAAGUCGGUCGGGUCACCCCCGUAGCCGGAGGUGCAGGCGUUCCGCCGGCUGGCGGGUCCUCGUCCGCUUCCGCGGGCCCAGCUAUGUCAACAGCCUUGGCGUACUCGGAUUCCACGCCUCCACCGCUGUCCGCCAGCGGCUCUCAAUGGUCGUCACCGGAAGGGGUAGAGGCACACAGUCCUCGCUCUGCAACCGGACUAGUCCUAGCUAAUGUCGGUACCGAACGCCUGUCGCUGGACGUCCGAUGCCUCGACGUUGAGUCGAACCUAGAUUUUUGCGGUGCCAUUUACCCGAGCCACCUCAACCUCAUCGUCUUCCGCGGCCCAGCAUCGCCAACACUCUUCAACUCGGGAACCGCGCCCAAGUUGGACGUAACUGCUGUCACCCACCCUUUAAUGCAACCUGAGCCAACAAUGUCGGUUACUGAGCGGGUUGGACAAGGUGCCAUUUGGAACGUCUUCAAGGUCUCCAACCCCGCCUCUGGGGGAUCUCCUCAAGUCCUCAAGGUCACUGGAGUCCAGUCGAACACGGAACACAAUUACACGCCUGAUGAUGUGCGACGAUGUGUCGCUAACGAAAUCAUGAUUUUAAAGAAGCUUGAGGAUAUCGAUCACAUUCCGCGUCUCGUAGAGGUGUGGGCCGGCGGUGACCCUCAAGGCUGUGAAUACUGGGCUCUUCUGGUCGAGGACGCUGGUGACCCUCUGCUGUCCGUGGAUGAGCUGACAGCGCGUCAAAAGGAUCAGAUUGUGGAGACAUAUGACGCGAUUCAUCACCACGACAUUCUCCACGGCGACAUCAAGGACGAGCAUUGGCACGUGCAACCCGAUGGACGCGUGAUGGUGAUCGACUAUACCCACGCACUCGACCUGAGUGGCGUCCCAGACUGCCCCGACAAGCGCUCUGCGUACACGAAUGAGGCGGCCACGCGAGCAACACAGGGAGCUCCUUAUAACAGGUUGGAGUUCUCGGAUAGCGUCCUCCGACUAUCCCCUUUCCACCAACCUCGGCAGAAGGUUCCUUCCAGCUCGGUCGAUUGCGCUCGCACGACCCGACCUGCUGCGUCGGCCAUGACGCUCAGCACGGCGGCGGCGGCGCUGAACGCCCUCACGAACGACAUCGAGUCGUACAUGAACACUCUGCCGCCAUGUGACCGCUACAUGCCCCCCAUAAUUGACUGGCAUCACCCAGCGGAGUACUGCCAGCAAGGUGUGCAGGGCCUCAGCAAGUACCUCUCGCAAGUGGCAAAGGAGAAGGCGAUCGUGGACAAUCUCGUCGCAUCAGCCAACCCGCCAGAGGACUACCCGACCAACCUCGUCUCUUUGCAAGGAGUAUGGGAAGCGUUCCGCCGCGCUACUCCUCCCCUCAUCGGUAUCUGGCAGGUCAUGGACCGUCGUCCCGGUCGAAGCGGUGGCGGCGAUGGCGCGACCAAGGUUGACGUUGUGGCCCAAGGCGGUGACGAGUGGAUCAAGGUCAACACUGUGAAAGAGUCCCGUCUCUUGGUCGAGUUUCGCGAACACGACUCGUACAUCAACUCGGACUAUGACUCUGACUCAUCCGGCGGGCCAUCGAUUCCUCCCCUCACCAACUCGUUACUCCAGCAGGCAGAGGCGCUGGUGAAGGCGGCAAAGGCACACUCACGGCUUUCGACCCUGCCUGCUCCGCGAGUCAAGUAUGUCCUCACUCGCUUAGAGCGUUCAGGACACUCGGACCCGCGCAUAGGUGCCACACUGGAUGCUAUGCGUGAUUUGGGUAUCGAAAUCGAGUUUGCCAGCGAAUGGGGACAGCCACACCCUCUUUCACAGUUGCCACCGGAGCCAGUGCCCGCCCACGACAUUGUGCUCGACCUCUCAGUCCUCAUCGCUCUCUGCUGUGACAGCACGCACCACCAGCUCCCCAUCCACGAUGACGAGGUUGAAACACGCUUCCGUGCGAUGAACGUGGACGGCAGCUUAGCGAGCCACUCAGGCGCCUCACGCGACCUGCGCGACCAGCUGCGGUGCGAGAUGCAGCGUCCCCUCAUUCUUGAGCUUGAUGAGCGCCUGUCAAAGGGCGGUGUCGCCCCCAGGUUCUGGGUGACGCGCGAGGUGUACGACCGCUUCCCCUCCCUUGUUGACGUUAUUGGCGGAGUGGCGGAGCGGGCGCGAGCCAAGGCACUGUUCGACCCGACCGCUGGCGACUUCUGGUCGGGCAGUAGGUGGGAGGGCAAGGCCGGAUGUCUGUCCAAUAUCCACGUCCGCGUACUGGAAGACGCCGAUGAGGAUGAGAGCGCGCCCAAGCUCCAAGACCCGGACACACCGUUCGAUGAACUGGUCACGUACGUCACGACGUCCAUGGUGGCCGCGACCGACGAGUCACCCGAGCCAACGCCGGCACCGACGCCAUCCGUUACGCCCGUUCCCGUCCGCCCACCCAAGGCCGACAAGGUUCUCCGCCCACCCAAGCCCAAGCGUUCAUCCGAGAGCCGCUCCCCGCUUCGGCCUGGUACAGUGUUCCCACCAGCUUCUCGUCUGCCAAGCGGACACACGCUGCGUACCCUGCUCGCCGGGCUGGAGCGCCACGCGACGGUACUCACAAACAACCGCGGUGCCGUCCUCAAGGUCAUGCGCGAGGCCGGUGUGGCCGAGGGAAUCCCUGCAGCCGACGGUGAGGGGGAGACCGCGCAGUGGGCAAGGAUCUGGGUUGUGAACCCAUCGAGUCUGGCGGAGUGGCGCCGCAUCGAGGUCGAGGAGAACAAUGAGCGUGUGAAGGAAUUGACCAACGGGCAUGGGCAGGCAUAG